AUGUUAAGUUUCCUAGACAUAUCUGGAAUGAAAUUAAAUGAAAAAAGCAUGAUGUUAGAUAUAUCUGCUAUUCCUUUAAUAGAAGAAAAAUUUACAGACGAUUUAAUCAAUUAACAACUAAUAUUGCUAUAAUCUUAAGAAACGAUAAAUGCGUUAGAUAACCAUUAAUAAUUACUUUAAGUAGCUGUUUUACUAAAGAAAAAAGUAAUAGCAUUAUUGGAAAAAUAUUCUAAAAUGCUAAUUUGUAAAGAUAAUUCCAUAAGAAAAACUAUUAAGUAGGAUUUAAUCUAAGUUAAUUAAGAAUACCAAGAACUUUUAAAUAAGGUAGAUUAAAGUGAAAGAGUUCCAAAUGAAGUUUUAAUGAUAAUUAAAUUAUUAGGAGAAUUUAUGGAAAAAAUGAGUGUAAAGUCAGAUGAGAAAAACUUAAUAUCAUAUUCCAAAACAUUAUCAGAUUAAUAAUCAAUUUAAAAAAAGUAAACAGGAUUAUAAUAAACUAAUUCAUAUGAAUGUUUUUAAAAAUAACGAUCUUUACCAAUUAAAGUUUCUUAACAAUAAAGUAGUUCAUUUGAAUCAGAGGAAAGCAUAAUAAUUUCUAAUUAAACAAUGAAUGCUAUAAAUAUCAAAAUUUAAAAACUAAUUUCUCUCUUAUAAAAUAAUUAAGAAUACUAAAAUAUUAUUAUUUUGGCCUAAGAAAUUCUAAAGAAUACAGAUAAUAAUGAGACAUUUCGAAGAUUAAGAUAAAUAUCUAAAUAAUUUGAUGAUUCUUAAGUAAAAAAAUUAGUCAAAGCUUGUUAUUUAAAAUAAUUAGGUUAAGAAUAAUUCCAAACAAAUACAUCAAAGCGAGAAUUUUAUGAUUUAGUGAUAAAAAUAAAAAGUUAAGUACCAUAAAAUAAUUUAAUCCAUUAAAUGAUGAUAAGUUCUUUAUAUGAUGAUGUUAUGAAGAAAGGAAUUCCAAAUUCAGAAUGGGAAUCAUAUAUGAAAAAUUUGUACAAUUGA